AUCACAACCGGAAGCAUCUUUACCUCAUUUCCGCUGACUGCUUUUUCUAGAACCUGUGAACUGCACGAUAAAUCGAGUCGUAAAUAAGUCUUUUUUUUCCCAGUUUUACAUUUCUUAAAACCUAGAGGGUGUAAAGUGAGUACAGAUAUGUCGCACACAAUUUUGCUUGUCCAACCAACCAAGAGACCAGAGGGCCGCACUUACGCUGACUACGAGUCAGUGAAUGAAUGCAUGGAAGGUGUUUGCAAAAUGUACGAAGAGCAUCUGAAGAGGAUGAAUCCAAACAGUCCAUCCAUUACAUAUGACAUCAGUCAAUUGUUUGACUUCAUUGACGACUUGGCAGACCUGAGCUGUCUUGUGUACAGAGCUGAUACUCAAACAUACCAACCGUACAACAAAGACUGGAUUAAGGAAAAGAUAUACGUCCUGCUGCGGCGUCAGGCUCAACAAGCAGCAAAGUAAAUGCAUAUUUGACAUGUUGUCCUGAUUCACACUCUUGAAGAGUUAACAUUUCUCUGCAACAGCAGAGCUUAAUAGAGCUGUGUAUAAGGACAACAUUGUCAGACUGAAAAGAGGUGUUUCAUUUUUACUACACACGUUGUCUACACAUUGGUAAAAGAGUAGGUUAGGAAAAUGGGGUGUGGUGAGAAAUUUGGGGUUUAUAUAGAAGUUGCAUUUCGCUUGUUAGCAUCUUCUCAUUCUCAGACAGUUUUCUAAUUUGUUACACUUAUGAAAAGGAAGAAUUUUCAGAUCCAACGUGAUACACGUCUGAAACGUUUUAUAAAUUAGUUUAAGCAAAAAUAAACCUUUUUAUUUUUUUUAUUUUUACUGGAUGUGUUGUGGGUUUUGAUUGCAUCAAAUUUACUUUAGAAUUAGAGCAAAGUGGAGAUUUGUGCUAACAUCCAGAAGGUAAAAAUGU